AUGGUAAGGCCUAUUAACAAAGUGAUGAUUGAUUUUAUUAAUACAUCAUGUUUGUCUGAGAUUUGCAGGAGUAGUAACCAGUUUUCUGGCCUGGUAGUAAGUUCUUAACAAUAAUUUAAUGGUCUGUAAAUUCCCCCUAAAAAGGAGAAAGGGUUAUGGCAGAUGGCUGUUACCUCAGUUUGUUUGCCUGUGAAGCCACAGGAAAGCUGAGUUUCGGGUGCAUUCUUCCAUUGAGUACAAAUAAUACAUCCGCGCUGUAGUCAAGGGCUUGGGACCAGGGAUCCUGUCUAGACAUUACAAAUGUGAGUCCCAGAUACUAUAGUAGAAAUGCAGUACACUGGCAGCACAAGAAUAAUUAUUAAACCCCCUUGAGCCUGCUUUCUCUUUUUACUGCCUAGGGUAUUUGUAGGCUGUCUUGCAGAUUUAAUCUAACUCUGUUUAGUAACGUCUGUAAAGCAGCAGUCCCCAGUGGACUCAGUGAAUUACCAGUAAUGCCUUUCGAAUUUUCCUUCAGCCUGUUUGGCAAAUUGACAAUGGCAUUUUAAACGUGCCGCCAAUCAUGGCAUUUACUCAAAUCCUGGUAUGCAGGUGGGGGUACAGAAUGAUGAUUUCUAUUUAUUUACCAGCUUUUCUAGACACAGGCCUGCCCAGAAGGAAUGUGCACGAACGGGACUCAGGUCCCAUGCGAGGAGCCAUCCAGACCCAAUCCCACAACCCCGUAAAGGUUGGCCACACCACCAGGGUUAAUGACCCCUACUCUUUUCAAAUAGUGACGAGGGUUCUUUUACGUCCCACAAGAACAAAUCAGUAUAAAUGUAUGAUUUCGGCACUGUUUCACCAACGUACUUAAACAGAAGUUUAGUUCAAUCUGUGGGGCAGACUAGGUAUUUGAAAAAUAAUAUUAUUACAUCCCUGCAGCACUGUCAUGAAGAGGCAGGGGCCAGGGGUUUCCCCCGGCUUCUAUGAACGUGGCCCUUAGUUACUUUCAUAGGAAAAUAGAGAGAAAAAUAGAACCAAAGGAAAUCCCUAGCUGUUUUAUUCCCUGCCUACUUGUAUUUACCCGGCAACUUGAAAUCUUAGUGGCAUCCCUGCAUCCCUGUACGUAAUAAAAUUAUGGGAAGUAUCACUAGAUAGAAAUUUUUUGUUUCCCUUGCCUAUUUUAACUUAGUUUAGUCAUGUAUGAAUUCUUGUUGCUAACCUUACUGUUUUCAUGACUUUUAUCAACAGUUGUCUGUAAAGAAUUGCUUUAUCAGAGGAUCAGUUGUAAGAUAUGUUCAGCUUCCAGCAGAAGAAGUUGAUACUUCACUACUACAGGAUGCAACAAGAAAAGAGGCAGCUCAAAACAAAGCCUAA